CCUCUUAGAAACGCCUCAUUGGAUGACCUAUCUGAUAUUCCUCUCUUCCAUUUAUUUAAUGAAGGCCAUCCCAACCCAAUUCUUCAGUUGUAAGACUAGAAGUAUAUUGAUGGGCAGUAUAAAAGGAACAUGUAAGAAGAAUGUGAUAUUAAAGGCAUGGCAAUCAAUAGGAGGUGGAGGUGGCAAUAGCAAUAUGAGGUCAUUACUACUGAAUAAGGGUACUUCAAAUUCAUUUUCACAAAAUGUGAAGGGUAAAAAAUUAAAAACCCCAAAUGGUUAUUUUUCAGUUUAUGUUGGACCUCAAAGACAAAGGUGUUUUGUGAAGACCAAGUUUGCUAACCAUCCAUUAUUCAAGAUGUUACUAGAUGAAGCAGAGGUGGAAUAUGGGUUUCAAAAUGAUGGCCCUAUUAGGCUUCCAUGUAAUGUUGAUUUGUUCUAUAAAGUAUUGGCUGAGAUGAAUAAUUUUGAGGAAGAGGGUCACAUUAAUGAGGCUAAGGGAUUUUCUUGUUUUUGUUCUUCCAAACCCAGCAUCUAUUCUUUGUUAUAUGAAUAAGGGUCAUGGAUAGAUUUGGAAAUGUUGAAAAUAAAGCAAUUUCAAUAGGGUUUUGUAAGUUUGCAAUGUGUAGUUAAUUUAGUGUUUGUUGAGUUAUUUUGACUUGUAAACCGAAAGUGAAAACACUCAUAUGCACCUAACUAAACACUUGAGCACAUUUGAGUAUGCAACACAUUUAAAACUCUUAAAGGAGA